AAAUGCGUAUUUGCGGCAUACCAGCUGCAGUGUCCAUCCGAAUUGGUUCCGUCCCAACUAUUUUGUUUUUACACAGCAGCGUGGCGAGCAUCAUGAUCAAUUUAUUUGCAGACCUGUGAGGUGUUUCUAGUGGCGGGGGUCUACCGCAACCGGUGUAAAUUAGCACAGGUGAAUCGGAAGCAUUCGAAAGAUGAAUUAAUAUUUAAUGAGUGAUCUGUCCUACUCCACAUCAGUCUACUAAUACACGAAGAUGGAUACGAGAUGUUUUCUUUGCAUAUUAUUGCUAGCACUGGCGACUACGGACACGAUAAGUGCUGCAAAAAUAUUAGCCAUCACGCCGAUAGCAGCAGCCAGUCAUUGGAAUGUUAUGAGCUCCGUUCUGGAAGUACUAUUAAAUCGGGGCCACACGAUUACAGUAGUGUCGCCAUUUCCGAGGAAGAUACCGCACGAGAAUUACACACAAAUCGACGUAUCUAAACUAGUGCCGUUUGCAAUAGCAUCGCCUUGGGAAACGGUGGUCGGAGUGUACAAGCCCCCUACGAGAUGUCUGAAAUUUCUAAACGACGUUCAACAGCACAUGUGCCGCACAGCAUUCGACCACCCAGACCUCCAGCUUGCGUUACACACGCAGCACUACGAUCUCGUAAUCACAGAGUUGCUUGCCUCCCGGUGCGACUUGUACUUGGCUAGCCACCUGGGUAUACCACACGUGGCCAUCAUGUCCAGUCAGAUGCUAACCUGGUACCAGGAUUCGUUCGACAGCCCGUCGAACCCGUCGUAUAUCACUACCCUGAACUCGCCGUACCCAAAGCCGGAGACGUUCGUCCAACGGUUUUGGAACGUCGUCGACUAUGUGACAAUUUUUAUGUACUUCAAGUACAUCGACACUGCGGCCACGGAAAUGGGCCGUAAAUAUUUCGGUAACGACAGGCCGCACGCUGAGGCAUUACUCCGAAACGUAUCAAUGGUGUUCCUCAACACGCAUUCGAACUUUGAUUUUUCCAAACCGUUGGCGACCAAUUUCAAAGAAAUCGGAGGCAUACACUUAAAACCACCCAAACCGUUGCCCACCGACCUGCAGGAAUUUAUCGACGGCUCUGAACAUGGCGUAAUAUAUUUCAGUUUGGGGUCCGUGGUCAGGAUGGAAGAUUUACCAAUUGCCAUACAACACGGACUCAAAGAAGGAUUCGGAGAAUUAUCGCAAAAGGUUUUAUGGAAGUUAGAGUCAGAUCGACCAAUUAUCAAUCUUCCUAAAAAUGUAAUUACAAGAAAAUGGUUUCCUCAGUAUGAUAUUAUAAGACAUCCAAAUGUAAAACUUUUUAUCACACACGGUGGUAAUUCUGGCGUUAUCGAAGCGACUAGCGCAGGCAUUCCGGUUCUAGGCUUUCCGAUAUUUUUUGACCAACCAAGAAAUUUGGAACUUUUCAAACAUUGGGGUUCCGGCUUGUUUGUAGACUACAAUAAUUUUACGAAAGAAGACUUUGUAUGCAAGAUUAAACGAAUUCUAAGCGAUCAAAGGUUCAAAGACAAUGCCGUGGAUUUAUCGCACCGUUUCCACGACCGUCCACAUAAUCCUAAAGACACAGUGGCCUAUUGGAUAGAGUACGUGUUGCGACACGACGGCGCACACCAUUUGAAAUCAGAGGCCGUAAAUACUAAAUGGUAUCAGUACUUCUCGUUUGACUUUCUUGUGAUAGGCUUCGUUAUUAUCAUAUCAUUAUUGUAUUUCUUUUAUAAUGUUAUUUCAAUCAUAUUAAAAUGAAUACCUUCAAUAACA